GCUGCAGGAAGCUCCUGCAGCCAGUCAGAAGCUGCAGAAGCUCCGUAGAAUGUUUGGCUUCCAAAAACAGUUCACAAACCAGAACAGUCACUUCCAGGUUUGCGACAUUCAGGAGCCAAAAUGUUCAGGAAUUAAGCUGUUCGAAAACCAAGGUACGAUUGUACAUAUUUUAUGAUUGGCGUGUAUGCAGUUUUAGGGGAGGAGUCAUUACCAGUUUCCUCGUUCCCAGCCACUCGUACUUCUGGGUUGAAAGACUCAGUGGAGCUGCUGUCCUAUUCCAGAGACAGAGAACGGACUAACGGCCACCUGAGCAGAACAGCCAGCAAUGUAAAGCCAACGCCUAGGCAAAAAAGGACCAAAGGUCACCAAAAGAGAAAGAGGCAGGGAGGGAGGCAGCAGGAGGCGGGGAGAAGAGUUAGAGGUGCAGCUGAGGAGAGGAAGAGCAGAGCACCCAGCAGCUAAUCACAGACUGCCAGCUUCGGGGAGCAAAGGGGAGGAAAAGGAGAGCAGGCCGUUCGCCAUGAGCAACUACGAGAGGCUGAAAGACGAUUCCACCACCACUCAGGAUCCACCUCCUUACGCUGACAAAGACUCCCAUGAAGACCCUGAGCCAACGAAACCUCUUAUUGGACCAGAACCCCGCCACAUGGGCUGGCCCUCUAACGCUGUGCCACCCCAGUACCAACAUUAUGGUGCAGCUGGUGCAGGAUCCUACCAGGUUCCGAUCCUUCAACCUCCGCAGGCCACCGUCAUCAUUCGUGGUCCACCUGCCAAUGAACCUGAUUACCUGGUGUACUCUGUCUGUACCAUGCUUUGCUGCUGCCUCCCCCUGGGCAUUGCUGCCUUAAUUUACUCUAUGCAGGUGAGCUCCUCCCUCUUUUUCUUUGGGCUGGGGGAGAUGUAGUGCUAUAAUAAGAGGGGGUCCAAAAGGCCCCAUGACCUUUUCUGAUUUCCUUUUAGCAACAGUCUGUAGAAGGCGGCUUGUGGUGUGGCUGAAAUUCAGGAAGCAGGGGAGCCUAGGGAUUUUGGAUUCAGGCUUUGGGGACUCUUUCCUCACCCCAACUGAUAGAGAAAAAUAGGGGUGGUUGACUUUUGCUGCCCAACUUCUUAAGGGACCGAGUCCCCUUAAUCUAUGAUCAGUCAGAGAUAAAUGGAUGGAGGCAGGAAGCAGUGAAAGCAAGGCAGAUCUUUAUUUUUCUGUUGCAACAGAGUUCCUUCCCCACCUAGCAAGGAGUGUAGAGAGACCCAGAACCAAGAAAAAACAUCUCUUUUAAGGGUUUUCAUUUUGGCAUGGAGAAGAAGGACAUCCCCUCUACAAACAGUCAGAAAUUACAUCACACAUAAUGUGGGGUAACUGUGGCUCAGGUAGGCCAAGGUUUCAUAUUCCUGAGGAUUUGGCAAGAUUUACAUAGUUCCAGACACAGUUUGCAGAAAAGGCAUUUGAUAGGACCAGGGGUCAGCAACCUAAGGCCCAUGGGCCACAAAUGGCCCACGUGGAUCGUUUAACCAGCCCACGAGCCACCCCCAAACCGAGCCACCUGCUCGACGAGUCCCCGUGUGUUGUGCUAAACUGGCACAGGGACUCGCUUUUGCAGCGCCAGAAAUUGCGUCUGCACGAUCUGGCCCACAGAGGGAUCUCUACUGGAGUGAACCGACCCAGGCAAGGUAAACCUUGCAGACCCCUGGAUAAGACAAUCAGGAUGCCUGUCAGUCAUCCCUCAUCUGGGCAAACAGUGACAUUUAAUAAAAAGGAGGUUCAAUAGGUAUAGGAGAGGAAUCCCUUCAGGAACUUCCCCUCAUUGCUACCUGCCUACGUUGUCUCAGGCAAGAAGGAUUAAGGAGGCAGAGGAAAUAUUUAGAGUCUUUAGGAGACCCAAACUGGCUUUUGGAUUGCUCUCCUGUACUAUUGUGGUGUAUAUACUUAUGCAUGUGUGCAAUUAUCAACAUUUCUUCUAUAUUUGAGACCUUCUCCUAUAUUUGAGACCUACAAUACCCAUCAUUUAAGCCACGGUGUUGUGCUACAGGAGAAAUGUCAAAGCACAAAGUGGGUGGUGGUUUCAAAGAGAACAGGAUAAGGGGAUCGCUCAGAUGUUGCUUUUGCUCAGUCAAGGCAAAACUCAGGCAGGGUGAGGUUCAGAGAGGGGACUGAAUCAAGUCUGUGUUCAGGAGGGUUCCAGCUGGCUGGAGGGGCUCAAGCUAAGAUCUGCAACUCUGAAUCUCCUACGCUUCAGCAGGAAAUAAAGGCAGGCUCCGCCCUAUAUAGUAUCAGCACAGCUGCCUCUACCAGCAGUGUGAGUUGUUGUUUUGCUUAAAUGGGCCCAGCCCUCUGUGUUACGGUGGAGCAAAGGAGUCUCUGCUUGCAUUGGGUCUUCCAAGUCCAAAGAUGACAUUGCCACAGCCUCUGGCCAUUGGGGAAGACAAAACUCUGAAUCCUUUAUUUAUUUAUCUUUUAAUUUUUUUUAUAAUUUUCAUUUAGAUAUAUUACAACAAUUAUUCCAUCAUAAUUUUAGCAUUUCAAACUUUGACUCCCUUCCCCGUGUUUCUGUGGUUCUUUUCAUUUCUUUUCAUCUUCCUGCAUACUCUUGAGUAUAGGAUAUAUUAAAGGCUGAAUUAAAAACACAAAUUCCCCUGUAGUUAUUUUCCCCACCACACUGUGUCGCCUCUGUUCCUCACUUUAUGACCUCUUCUAGCAAGGUCACUUUUUCUUUUGUUUAUCUUUCCUGCUUCCUGUUAGUCCUCCUUCACCCAACCACAGUCAUGAGCUUUCUCAGAAAUGUGGGAUUCCCCUGGGGUAUGAUUUUAUCCCCCCUGCUGUUUAACAUCUACAUGAAACCACUGAGUAGGGUUAUCUGGAGUUCUGGAGCACAGUUGUCAGCAAUAGGCCGAUGACGCACAGCUGUACUUCUCCUUUACAUCUUUACAUCAAUUCUCUCUCUCUCUCUCUCUCUCUUUCUCCACAGACCCGAGAAGCCAACCUUAAUGGAGAUGUCAUAGCUGCCAAGAGAAACUCCAAGAUGGCGCGCAUUUUGGCCAACACAGCCCUCGGGGUGGGAUGCGUCUUAAUUGUUGUGUAUGUCAUAAUAAUGGCAAUUGUGUAUACAAAUGCAAAAAAUCAGCAUCCGCCUAACUAAGGAUUUGCCGCACAGCCUCCACCCCCUGAAAAACCUCCCCACCACUGCAAUAAGCAGAGAAGGCCUGGUUGGAUGCUGUGCAUUUUGAUUCAUUCCAUAACUAAAGGGCUGGUAUACACAUGCAUGCACAUCACAUGAUUUCUAUUGAAUUUACGCAAUGACGAGCAAUGGGGUGCAUGAACUUUCAGAGCACUUGAUGUUGUCACUUUCGAGGCAAUGCCUAGGAGCAAUACCUAGGAGCAAAUUUGUAAUAUAUUCUGUAAUACAUCCUGUCAUAUAUUCCAAUACACAUUGGAAAUCUAUUCCUAGGUAUAUAUAUAAUUUUUGAAAAGGGGGUGUGGGGGGGUUAUAAGAGAUUCUGAAAAAUGCAAUGUUAUCAAACAGGAUCUGAUGACAGGAUGCCAACUCCACUUAUCAUUAUUGAUCAGAGAUGAACAACUGCAGACAUAAAAUAAAGCCGGGAGCCAGAAUAAGCCAUGGGUAGGUGAAUGUGUUGAAGGUAAUGACUCAAACUGUUUAUAACAUAGGUGUAAUGGUUAAACAAGUCAAGGCAGAAAAAUGUGAACCCAAUUCUACCAAAGCAAAGUAAUUAAAAUAUUCAAAUGGUCUACACUU